AUGAAGUAUAAAAUUUGUGUUUUUACAGCUUUAUAUUGGCUCACCUUUGUUCAGGGUGUUGUACCUACCAGUGAGCCAAAUCAGACUGAGGGGACCGACUUCGUUCAUGCCGUCUCUCAGACCGAGAUCCAGUCCACUCCUGCCAUAGUUCCUCCCUUGAGGACACCAUUGCCGGCGCUUUCUGGCAUGACUGGAGCAAGUCGAAAUACUGAAGUUCAUCAUGGUUCUUCUGGAGAAGGUGAUAAUACUACAACAAAUCACACUAAUGAGAGUGGCAUUCCACAAAACCUUGAAGCUUCCAACCAAAUUCAGAAUUUAAAUGCAGCUGGAGGCUCUGGCAAAGCUUCUGUCCCUAAGAGAAAACGUGGUCAAAAAAUGGGUAAGGGACUUAUGAAAGCAUUUGAUGCCUCUGGAAAGAAAUUGAAGAUAGAUGUGGAUCCACUUACAGGACGACCCAAAAGUCGAGAGCAAUCUGCAAAGCUCUCAAGUCAAAUUGGUGUAGUAGUUCGAGAUGUCCUUCGAGUGCCAAGAAAAUGGAAAGAAAUGGCUGAAGAAAAAUUUUUGGAACCAGACAUUGAUCAUAUAAAGAUUCAUAUGGAUGUCAACUUGGAUGCACCGGGUGUGAGGCACUGCUUCGUUGAUAGGAUGAAAUCUAGUUCUCGACAAAUUCGUUACAGGUUACAUAAGCAUUACAAGAAGUAUGCAACCCUACAAGAGGCUAAGAAUAAUAAGCCACCAUUUUGUGCUAGUAAAGAAAAUUGGGACGAACUCUGCGAUUAUUUUGCAUCAGCUAAGUUCAAGCACCAAAGUGUAAUUAACUCUAUGAAUCGACAAAUGUUAAGGACCCCACAUAUAUCUGGCAGAACUCCUUUUUCUACACUUCAACAUGAAAUUGCUCAGAAGAAUGCUAAUGGAGAUACUAAUGGAGAUGUUAAUGGAGAUGCUGGGGACAUAAUUGAGUUCUAUAAACUCACACAUUGCACUGACAAACAUGGUUGGUCAAAUAAUGAGGCAAAAGAAUAUUGGGUAAUUCACACUUUCAUAUUGGUAUUGGUAUUGUUAUUUUUUAGAUAG